AUGGCAAGAAAGAGAAUCUUCAACGGAAUCUUAGAGACCCGUAAGCAAUUAGAGGUGAGUUGCAAAGAAGUUAUUAAAGAUGAUAUCUUUGAUAUGGAAGAGUGUGCUAACUUUAUUGAAACUAAGCAAAAACUUACUAGACAUUCACCAGAUACAUUACCAGGUGGACCUCUUAAUGUCUCUGUUAAUCAAGCAGAAGCUAAGAUAGUACUAGAUCUUGGUGUAAUUGUCCGUCGAGUUUACAUUAAGCAACUAGUUCUUCACUACUUGCAGAAGAAAGCCUUAAGAGACUGGAUUCAUGUAAAAGUAGAUGAAAAAGGACAAUUGGGUCUUCACUACUAUCAAACUGAAUAA